AUGCCGCAGAUGUUCUCGUUAGACGAAAUGCGCGAGCUUGCGCUCGCCUUCCCGGACGCUAGUAGCCGUGCGUUUCCCGAGAGCGAUCAGGAGGUCCGCCUCGUCCCUAGCCUUUCUGGAGACGGCUUCAUUAGGUCAGAUGUCCUUUUACAGAAACUGAACGAGCACAUCGAGUCCGACGGCCAUGGACGCCUUCCCUUGUCUGAGCUUGCCACUGCCUUCGACAUCUCCAAAGAGGAGCUCUCUGCCCUGGUGAGAGAACCCCAAGCAGAACUGCUUCUGAGCACGGACGGGCAGAAUGUCAUCUCCAAGCCCGAGGCAGAGCGUCUGCAGAAUGACCUCAAGGAGCUGGUUCAGGGACGCGUGGUAUAUGCUGCCGGAGUUGCCAUAGCGAAUAAUCUCGCGCUUGAGAGCAUCCAUAAGCUUAUUGCCAUGAACCGAUACGGUGCAAAGGGGGAGGAUGAAGACGGACCCCGACUUGCUCUAUAUCCUCAGACCAGCGACCCUAGAGAGGUCCGCAAGUCCAUCAUCUUCUCGCCCCCCUUUCUCGAUGGACUUGUUGCAGAUGCACAAGCGGCCGCCGAAGCUGCUCAGCAGUCAGGAGUCCCUGAGAGCAUUCCGCCAGACGGCGUCUUGCCAACGGCCUUCCUUCAGCUCAUCGUUGACAGGCUUGGGUCUGAUUUCCGUGGGCGGGUGGCCGCCACCGAAGGCACCGUCGAAUUUAUACCAAUAAGCUACCUCGAACGCCUACGAGACGACAAGCUCGACGAACUGGUCAACGGCACAACGCCUUUCUGUAGCCUCCAAUGGUUUGUUGACCUCAUGCCGGAGCAGUACCCGGAUAUUAGCUCCGCGGAGAGAUAUGUAAAUUCGCAACAUCCACGAAGAAUUUUCAUCUUCUUUGACACGGCCGUCUCCAAAAAAUGGCAUGACAAAGCUAUCGGUGACCUCUUGCACACACUGGCGGACAAGUCCAUCAUCAACAUUAGCGAUCCCUUCCAAGACCUCUCCCCCGACGCAGCCCGCUCAGCCGCUGCCAAAGCCCACGCCGAAAUCAUCGCCAUCGUCCGGACUGACAACGAAUGCACCGUCGUCUCCGAAGGCCUCUUCCCUUACCUCAUCGGCAUGGACCUCUUCCUCGCCAUUCAAGACGCCUUCAACGCACGCGUGCGCGCCCACGCCGAGCACCUCUGGUCCAACUCGCACCAGCUGCCAGAGGCAGAGCUAACGGGGGGGCUGGGCGACCUAAACACGGUCCUCGCGCCGGCAGCACAGGAGCUGCAACUGCCGCCGCCGCUGCUCCCCAUCCUGGUGCGCUGCGGGUGCGACGGCGGCGCCAAGGCGGCCUUCAACGAGACGCUGACGCAGCUCGAGGCCGAGGCGGACGCCGCGCUCGCCGCCUUCUGGGCCGACCGCGUGGCCGCGCGCUUCGAGCUGCACGCCGUCGCCACGACCGAGACGGCCAUCGCGGACGCGAAGGUGCGCGCCCAGCUGCUCGACCUGCUGCGCGACUACGCCGCCAAAGAGCUCGUCCCGGACGCCGUGGCCCGCGCCGAGGCGAAGGGCCUCGUCCGCAGCGCGCGUGCCAGGCGCAACGUCAAGAAGCUGCUGGCCGUGCUCAAGGAGCCGUCGUCGUCGGCGCAGAUCGGUGAGCAAGGGUUGGCCGCCGUGCAGGCGUCGCUGCAAAAGUUUGCUGCGAAGAUGGACGUGCCGCCCGUGGCGGACGUGCAAGCGCGGAAGGAGGCGUACGUGCGGGACAUGGUGCGCGAUAUGCAGAAGGACGCUGAUGCGCCGCGGUUGUUCCUGAAGUUGAUGGUGGCGCUGUGGGCGAAGCGCGCGGACGGCGUCGUCUAUGCGACGGGCAAGUUCGCACCAAAGCUGUUGAAGUUGCUGUCCAAGGGCGCUGGCGAUGGUGGGCUGGGCGAGGAGCAGGUGGCAAGGCUAGAGGCUCUAAAGGACGCUGUGAAGGAGGGUAGCGCAGGCGAUGCGGAGAAAGCAGAGAUGAGGAAGAUGGCUAUGGAGGCGUGGGAGGUGUGA